AUGGUGAUGGAUCGUAUGGCGUGGACGGUGGCGAGUUGUUUAGUACUGCCGGUACUACUGGUGGUCGUCUUGCCGAGCUCAGCAGAUGCUGCUGCAUUCGUUGAGCAGGGAGGCUCUUCCGGAGCCGCUAAAAACAUUUUCCAUCACGAUUGGGAACCUUCUUCGGCUGUGGAGUUGCGUGCCAUUUUACGCUCCCUCGCCAGAACCAAAGAAAAGGAAGCAGAAGGAAAGCAACUUCCCACCUUCUCAGCGGCACCAUUCGGAUCACCGUCCAGUCCAUGCAAAUGUCGCCAUGGCAUCUGUAGCUGCUGUUUGGGUGUUUUCAGCAUGAACGGAUGUGCGAAUCUAACCUACAUUCCGGAGGACUUUGCGUUCGAGUUUCGUAUGAUAUUCAAUAAUCGCGUGCUGACGAAAAAUCGCAUCAGUGGCAAGAAUCCGAAACCGAUCUGCGUACAUCCGCCCCGGUUCGAUUUCAUCGAAGUGUGUGCCAACUUUUACGAUGUGUACUUUGUCGGCCGGAACAUGCACGUGUGUAUGGAGAUGAAUGGGAACUUCGAGGGUUAUGAAUUGUUUUCCAGAUCGUUUAAUUGCUUACGGAUAGGUGAUAAGGGUGUGAAGGUGAUGAAGCCGGGAGAGACGAUCGGAGGUUCGAUUAAUCCAUCGCUGGAAGCCGAAAUCGAUUACGGAGAUGAUAUUGAGGACUACGAUGAGGCUGUCGUAUGA